AUGUCCUCGUCCCCCGUUAAGACCACCCACACACAGACGACUACGGUGACCACAACCACCAACAAGACGUACGUGUUCACGUCCGAGUCGGGCGAGGAGAUCAUUCUGGACCUUAAAAACGCGGCCACCACGCGUCCGCACGCUCGCAAGGUGAAAGGAUCCAUUGUUACCUCCGACUUCGCACAGAGCUCGUCCACCUUCGUGUUCGAGUACUCGUCGGAGGGCGCUGGGGCUUCAGAGCCCACCGAGAUUUUCGUUCCGUACAUCCACUUCCCCGGUGGUUACCGCGUGACGGCGUCGGACGGUCACUGCGCCAUCGAAAAGCACGAGGGCUACGAUAUCAUCAAGCACGAGCACGACAAUCAUGCGCACAAGCACCGCGUCGUGGUGGAGAAGACCAAGACGGUAGCUGCCAAGAGCUCGCGAUUCGCCUGGGUGGGACACAGCAACAUUCCCGUGUACGUGGCGUUGGGCAUCGCUGUUGCCACGCCCUACCUGACGUGGUAAGCUCGCAGAAGAGUGUCAUAUUUCCUCACAUAAACAAAUUCUUCCGCUGGAAUUUUCACUCUGUCGAUAAAGCUGAUGCGACCAAUACAAUACAAAUUGAUUCCUGUUA